AUGCCAGUCGCCAAGACGGGGGCAAUGGCAGUCGCCAGGACGGGGGCAAUGGCAGUCGCCAAGACGGGGGCAAUGGCAGUCGCCAAGACGGGGGCAAUGGCAGUCGCCAAGACGGGGGCAAUGGCAGUCGCCAAGACGGGGGCAAUGGCAGUCGCCAAGACGGGGGCAAUGGCAGUCGCCAAGACGGGGGCAAUGGCAGUCGCCAAGACGGGGGCAAUGGCAGUCGCCAAGACGGGGGCAAUGGCAGUCGCCAAGAUGGGGGCAAUGGCAGUCGCCAAGACGGAGGGUCGCCAAGACGGGGGCAAUGGCAGUCGCCAAGACGGGGGCAAUGGCAGUCGCCAAGACGGGGGCAAUGGCAGUCGCCAAGACGGGGGCAAUGGCAGUCGCCAAGACGGGGGCAAUGGCAGUCGCCAAGACGGGGGCAAUGGCAGUCGCCAAGAUGGGGGCAAUGGCAGUCGCCAAGACGGAGGGGCAAUGGCAGUCGCCAAGACGGGGGCAAUGGCAGUCGCCAAGACGGGGGCAAUAGCAGUCGCCAAGACGGGGGCAAUGGCAGUCGCCAAGACGGGGGCAAUGGCAGUCGCCAAGACGGGGGCAAUGGCAGUCGCCAAGACGGGGGCAAUGGCAGUCGCCAAGACGGGGGCAAUGGCAGUCGCCAAGACGGGGGCAAUGGCAGUCGCCAAGACGGGGGCAAUGGCAGUCGCCAAGACGGGGGCAAUGGCAGUCGCCAAGACAGGGGCAAUGGCAGUCGCCAAGACGGAGGGGCAAUGGCAGUCGCCAAGACGGAGGGUCGCCAAGACGGGGGCAAUGGCAGUCGCCAAGACGGGGGCAAUGGCAGUCGCCAAGACGGGGGCAAUGGCAGUCGCCAAGACGGGGGCAAUAGCAGUCGCCAAGACGGGGGCAAUGGCAGUCGCCAAGACGGGGGCAAUGGCAGUCGCCAAGACGGGGGCAAUGGCAGUCGCCAAGACGGGGGCAAUGGCAGUCGCCAAGACGGGGGCAAUGGCAGUCGCCAAGACGGGGGGGGGGGGGUAA